AUGAACCUGGCCAAAGCAUGCUUGGCCAAGCCUGGAAGCAAAGCGGCAAGUCUCUUUAAGUAUGUUGACUCGCCCCAGGCACAUGUGGCUGCAAAGAAAAAGGCAAAGAAGAAAGAGUUCAAAGAACAGGAUGGCAAACGGGACAGCAAAUGGGACGGCGAACGGGAUGGUGAACAGGACAGUGAACAGGAUGGUGAAUGGGACGGCAAAUGGGACGGUGAACAGGAUGGUGAACGGGAUGGCGAACAAGACAAGAACGAAGAUGACAACGACAGCAACAAGGACGACGACAACGAUAUCAAUAACAAGUACAACAACGACAACAGUGACAACGGCAACGGCAACGGCGAGGAAGCCAGCCAACCAGACACUCACCCAGAGGACGUUGCGUUGCCGCCAGCAAGAGUUGCUCGUGGCAACACAAGUUCACUGGUUGUUAUGAAGAACUCCUGCGGAGUUAAGCGUACAGGUCCAAGCACGUACGACGUGGUGCCGAAGAAGACGUGCACCAAGUCGGCCUCCAGCGGCUCUCGCGAGGAUUUGGAGGACCAGGAAUCUUCGCUUUGCAGCCAACUGGCGGCAUGGCUAGCGUCGCCAGAGGGCUCGCCGCUGUUGCGUAAGCGCAAGCGUGAUUCGUUGGUCGACGCCGAGACCACGACGCGACCCCAGCCUCCGGCCGACGCUGUUCUUUGUACGAAAAAACAACGAACUACGUCUGCAUCGACCCAGGAGCGGUCGACUCAAGGGGAUGACCAGGCCGCGAGUGCUGCAAAGCAACUCACGCGCCUGGCCAAUACGCAGCCCGGCGCCCAGCAGCCUCGCCAAGAUCCGGACGAGCCGACCGAGGCCGAGAUUGACUCGGUCUGCGAGCACUCGGCCCCUAGGAAGAGCGGGCGGAAGCGGGUGCUGACCGAACGCGCACUCGAACACGCCCAGCAAUCACCUGCCCCUGCCCGCGUCAACGACGACCUGAAGGUGGUCGACGGGGACAAGCUCCGCCAGCGGAUUAGCAAUCUGCCCGCCUGGGCUGUUCCUCCGCCUGCAGCCCUAGAGGCUGCGAUCAGAUCCGUAACGGGCGCGGACGACUUAGAGUGGGACCCCAUGGCGAAUGGAACCAUUGCGCUCAAGUUCGAUACGGAGCAAGUCUGGAUGGCCCGCCGGAACAUCAAGAUCUACAUCGCCUACAGGCCUAGUACGCCAACGCCACAGUACAUGCGUAUUCACUAA